AAAGCCAAUUCCGAUAUGAAGCAAAAGUCUUGUUUGUUGUGUGUACUGAGAUGAAAUUCUUGUUAUACAUGGGCUUUCUUAUAAUCCUUGUAACGUGACUUUUAUACGUUCCUAGCCACUUCCUGUCACUAAGGUUGGAAACUACAUACCCUCUUGCUUAUCUUUCCUUCUUUCUUAUUUCGUUUAUGACACCAUGGGCCACGCCUGCUUAACUGGCUUGCCUCCGAGCACCUUUGUAUAGCCUGUGCCCCUCGUGCUCUCACACGUCGAGAAUUAAAUUGAAGAAAAGGACGUUUACUCCCUGGGAAUGAACCCGCGGCGGGUGACAUUGGCUGUGAGGUACCGGGGCAGGCGGGCAGGACGCGCUCUAUCUCAUUGUACUUAUUAUUAUCUUUAUUGAGAAUUCCUGCACACGUGUCCAGCUACGUAUUCUGCGGCCGCGGUCAGUUUUGAUUGCCACCUGCAAGUGUGGGAGGCAACGCUGAAACGCAGAAAAGUUGGUAUUCCUGAACCUGCUGUGCGGGAGACACUUGAAUCACGCGUGACUUAGACUUUGCAGUCGUGAGGAGAGGUACUCAAGAAGGAGACUCAGAAUGACAGCGACAGAAAUGGCACCUAUAGCCAGAAUCCGAGAGACGGAUGUUGAAGAUAGGGGAAAUGGCAGUAACAACCCAAAUCAUGGAAUUGAUGAUGGCCUUGGGGGAGGCUUUGAUGGCGACCACAACCCAGGUCCCAGAAAUGGCUCUGGUCCCACUCCUGGCAGGGGCCGAGGUGGAUAUGCACCGGUACCAACAGACCCUGUUAAACCUGGAAGGAAACCAGUGGAUGUGAACAUGUAUGCAACCAAGAAGACUGUUGCACAGGGCAUGAUGGACUUGGCACUACUCACAGCAAACGCCAAUCAGCUGCGUUAUGUACUGGAGGCAGGGGAGAUUGGGAGAAAGGGUACCUACUACUACGUCAAUAUUGUCCUCAUCUCAUUGAGUAUCAUUUUCCAGGUGAUGAUUGGCAUAACACUGAUAUUCAUCGGACGCUAUAACGUGAGGGAUGAGGCCCAUGCCCAUAAAGCAGACAAGCUCAACAACUGGGUUGUUCUUGGUGUGUUCCUCAUUACCACUGUCAAUGUUUUUAUUUCCUCUUUUGCAAUAGAGCCACUAGAAGGAGUUGACCCAGUCUUGCUGCGAACCAUAUCAGCUGAAAAAACUGUUGAAGGACUUUAAAGUGGGCCUAUCCAUGUAGCAGUGCAUGUGAUUUUUAUUGGGUAAGGAUGCUUUUUCCCCAGGCUGAAAUCUCAUUGAAUUAUGUUCUCAGAUGGACCAUUUACGAUGACAAAGUUCAGGUUUAUCUGAUGGGAGGUAACUGCUUACAGAUUUUAUUUUUCUAGAAGAAAAUAGUUCACUAUUUGAAAGUUUUGCAUAUACUACUAUGCAGUUAUUUUGCACCUACUUAUGCACAUGCAAAUAUGUAUACACAUUUUUCUGCAGAAGGGACAAAACAUAAUAUUAUACCAUUUUGAACAAAGUUUACACAUGCAUUUUUAUCGUUAACAUAACCCUUUAUAUAACAGUCUUAAGAAAUGGCAGACUGAGGUAGACAGUCAAAAUGUAGGCCAAGGUUGUUGUUUUUUUCUGUGCAAGAGGAAACAUCAGUGAAAAACGGUCUACAAAGUAAAAUCUACCAAUGUCCUCUGAGUGCCAUCUGCUUUUUGUGUGUUAUGGUUCUGCCUCCACUGAACACUGAUAGUUGGUGUGACUACAGGCUAGACUUUGUUUUCAAACUCCUAUAAGACUUAUCAAUUCUUGUAUGACAUUUUUGUACACACGUUUUGACUGUAGUCAAGCAUUUUGGUGUGGGAACAAAUAUUAUAGAUAAGGGGUUAAAAACACUUGUAUGCCUUUACUCAGAAACAGAGAACUGUUUCAUUUUUGAGAUGUCAGCAUUUUUGUUAAAAGUCAAAGUAUUUUUUUUAAAUAUUUACACUGAAUUUUAUCUACGGUGAAAGAAAGAAAGAAAAUUGAUAAAUAUUCAAAAUGGUUGCAUUUUGUGUUGUAGAUAAAAGAAAACAGAAAGGGAUGACGAUAUAUACUCUCAUUUCUAUGCUUUAAUGCUUCAAUUUGAUAUUUAUAUGGUUUUAUAAAAUAGUAUCAGAGAAAACUUUCUUAAAGUUUAACUUAUUGCAAUACCUUCAAUUUUCUUCUUCUUCUUUUUCUUCUUCCUGUUUUACUUUUUUGGGGGUAAUACACACAUUGUACCCUUCAUUCAGAAACAUAAUCUCAUAAAUCUCAUUCAACAGCUUGUUAAUGUACAUGUAGCGUUAAGGAAAGAGGGUAUGAAAUCUCAGUGUUUUUGGAUAACCUUUUCAAUAUUAUGUUUAUUUACAAAUACUAAGAGUAUUUGCUUUGUGUUCGUUUUUAGUUUUAAAAAUCCACAAGGAACUAAGUGUAGUUUUUGCAAGUUCUUUAGAACUAUUUAACUGUGAUUUUGAAUUAUAGGAAAAUUUUAGGGAUGGAGCAACUUACCUACAUGAAUGGAAUAUUUUAAGCAUUAAGGUAGUUAGAUACCAGAGAUUGUGGUGUUUCAAUUUUCAUAACAUUUUUAGCACCUGGAUAGAUGCUGACUGGGAUCGCUGCCUAUUUAUAAUAUUUAAAGAGAUCUGAUGUCUUAAUUGAUUCCUUGGGAAAACAAGAGCCUAUGGCUAGUCCCUGCUCAGCUUCUUCCAGAAAUGGAUAGUUAGUUUUUUAUUAUUAAUAAACUCUCAUCACAAAUCUUUAAUUUUUAAUGUUAGAAGAGCAUCAAAUGUUCGUAGAUAAUUGUUUACCUACACUUUAAUAUAUCCAUGUAAUUUGUCAUGUAUAUUUUAACCUAUGGGUCACCGUCCACUGUUGUGUUUUGUGAAUUUUAUUUCACACAGAUGGCUCCACAAGUCUUUUUUUCUGAUGCCAUCAAUAUUGAUACUGUUAUUAUUAUCACUGACAUUAAUAUUAUUAUAUUAUUAAAAUGUUACUAACAAUAAAAAAAAUUAAUCUUUCCAAAAAUCAUGAGAAAUAGAGACUAAGUAACUGUCUCCAUGUUAACUAAGAACUUGUGGAACCAUUUUUGUGUAAACACAAUUAAUUAAUCAUGUGCACCAUGUCAUCUGUGACCAGUGGGUUAAUAUUAUAUUGUCAUGAAAGUGCUUUGUAUUUUAUAUGAUGUAAAAGAAGAAAAAAUAGACAUGAUGGAAGUAAUAUCAUACAUAUGUGCAUGUUAUACUUAUUGUAUUUCAUGCACACAUAUGGUAUAUGAUACUCUACUUUGUAGGGACAGUAAUGAGAAGCUUCCAUGUAAAAAUAAUGUAAAUCAUUUAUGAAGAUUUAUAAUGUUGGUAAAACAAAAUCCAAGAUUGUGCCAUUUAUUUUUUUUAUUUUUUUUUUUUUUUUUUUUGGGGGGGGGGGAUUGUUUUUUGCAUACGGUCAACUUAUUAUAUAAAUAUAUAUUGAUUACAUAUGCCACAUUUUCAGUAAGGAUGUUUCAGUACAGGUCAAGCAUCAAGUUAAUCCUUCACAUAAUUUAGGAUGUUUAAUAUUUGUGCAAUAUUGAAGCAGGCCAAAAUACCAGCUCACAUUUAUGAUUCAUAUGCUCAUAUAUGUAUCUUGACUUGAAUUUCUUCUUAUGCAACAGUGUCCGUCCUAAUAUAGAAACAACUUGCUCAGAAACAACUUAUUAUGAUAAACACAAGGAUUUUAGAUAAGCAGUAAAGACUAAUAUAGCUUGCCAGGAUAAUUUCACAAAUAUCCUGCAGCUUUGCCAUAUUUUUAUUUUCAUCUGUUUUAUUUUCAUAAAGUAUAAUCACAACUCCAAACUAGAUUCUGGUAUUACUUCACAAACAAGCUGAUAAUGCCCUUGAAACUAAUUAUCUCGGAUACAUUAAACUUUAUUGAGGCUUAUUUGGUGCUGCCUUUGUUGAGGAUGUAAUCAGGGCCUGUAGUUUCAAUUUCUUAAACAGAAAUAGUUAUGAUCAAAACAAAUGAGAAUGUACAAAUAUAUUUCAUAUACUUGAUAGAACUAGUUUUACUUCACAUAAUAAUGAUAGUAGUAAUAUCAGAUUUUUCAUAGAAGUAAUACUGUAUUUCAUUUAUAGCAACAGUAAACAUAGUAAAAAGUGGGAGAUCUAGAUACAGUAGUAUACAAGUGCCUUAUCAGGACAAGCAGUAAAAUCCAUUCGCUGAAGUCAAGUAAACAAAAAGAGCCUGUAAUGAGCUGAACAUUGCAUCCUUCCCAGACAGUGUGAGGUUUAUUUUUAGCUUGCUUACUUUCUGAAGAGUGUCUUUCAAGAUGAAAAGAAAUGAUGAUAAUAUUAUUGUAUUUGUGUAUUGUUAUUAUUUCUUUAUUUUGUUUGUUAAUGUAUUAAAAGUCUUCCUUUUGAUAUUAUAUAUGUAAAUUUAGAAUCUCUAUAUAUCAGUUAUUAAGUUUUGUGUUUAGGUAAGUAUUUAUUAUUGCAUUCACUCACUUCUCCUUGUUAUUUUUCUUUCUAUCUCACCAUCUUUCUCUCCCACCCAACAUGUAUACAUAUAUACACAUAUAUCAGUAUGCAGAUACACCUACAUUCUUACCUUUAUACAUACAUUUAAAAUUGUAUUACAUGCACAUAAACAGAAAUUCUUAACUGCCCACCUGCCCAUUUAUUUAUAUCCUACCCACCUAUACAUCCACCCCAUUAAUUAACGUCCCCUUUCCUACCCACCUAUCUAACUAUUUAUCAAUGUGUCUGUUUCCAGGCAACUUAUCUGCAUACCAAUACAUCCACCCACUUAAUCACUUGUCUACUCAUCAACCACACUGCCUGCCAACCACUUACUUUCCUACUCUCCCAUUUGCUUACGGUCUGACUCCCUACCUAUCAACCUACCCACCCACUAACUUACCUUCCCACCUACAUGCAUGCUUACAUAUAUGUAUAAAUGCAUACAAAUAUCCAUACUUAUACAUACAAAUAUACAGACAUACAUACAUGCCCACCCAAACCUAUCUACUUAAUGACUAUUUCCAAUCCCACCCACCCAACUAUGUACCUAUCUACUUAUUGAACUCUGUGUGUAUCUACAUACUCACCUACGUACCUAUGUUGCUACCCAUCCCUUUUUCCCUCUUCUUUUGAAUCCAACUCUCUUUUCGUGUCCUUCUCCAUCAACACACAUUUUGCCUAUUCCUCAUGAUGGAGAUCAUGCUAAUUUCUUGUCUCUGAUUGUAUGAAAAAAAAUUCUAAUGCUAUUUAUUUUGUGCUCCAGUGCUAUGUGUAUGUUUCAUUGUUGUUUUAUCAAAAUUGUAUUUAUUUGUUGUAUUCUCAUAUAACUUUAUAUGUAUACUAAUCAUUAUACAAUUAUAAUACUGUUUAGAGAUCUGUUUUAAAUUACAUGUUCUUGCAGUCUCCAGUGUAAAAUUAAGGUUUUAUAUUGUUGCACUACAUGGAUUUACAACAGCAAUAAAAUGCUCUCUUUUCUUGA